UUUGACAGCCGCGUUCCAUCCGCACUCUGUUUACAAGAAAAUUUUGCGUUUUCCUCCAAAAGUUUCCAACAAAAUUACAUUUUCUGGCUUAAAACAGUUAAAUUCCCUCAAGCAAGAUGGGCCGCCGCUCGAUCAACACCACCAAGAGUGGUAAGUACAUGAACCCGACGGACCAGGCCCGGAAGGAAGCGCGCAAGAAGGAACUCAAGAAAAACAAAAAGCAACGGCAGAUGGUCCGGGCGGCGGUCCUCAAGGGAAAAGAUCCGGCCCAGCUUAUCGAGGAGAUGGAAAAGAUCGACGAGAUGGAGUUCAACGUGUACCAGCCGUCGCCGCUGAACGAAAAAGUCCUGAAGGAGAAGCGCAAAAAACUGAAGGAGACGCUGGACCGGGUUAUGAGGUUGUACCAGGCGGACGAUCCGGAUUUGUGGGGCGAGCUGAAGCGGAAGGAAGUUGACUAUGAAAAGCGUCGCAACAAGCGGAUUCAGUACUACGAGAGUGUCCGGCACGCGGAGCAGGUUCAGGUGGACGACAUUCCGCUGCCAUCGGCUAAUGAAACGCCCACACCGUUGUCCAUCCCGAGAAUUCCGAUUCCGCCGACGCUGCCAAUGGUCGCACCUCCGCUGAGGCCACUUCCUCCUCCGGUGCUUAAAAAGCCCGUGGAGAAUCCGAUCGAACCGAGCGAAAUAGUCGAUGACGAUGACGACAUUCCCGGAUGUCCUCCGGGGCCACCACCGGACAUAUUCAUGAUGCCUGAGCUGGACUUUGACUUGGAAGAGUUCCACCAGGAAACACAAAAGAGCGUAAAGUUCUUCGACGACGCCGAUUCGCGAGACAAUUCUGAUGAUUCCGACGUUGAAAAGCCAGCAAACCAGCCAAGCUCGGUUCAGCAGAAAAUGCUCGCCAUUUCCGGUCAGAAUCUGGACGAGUUCAUGAAGGAGAUGGAAAACGUCCAGAAGAAAAAAGACCAACCGGAAGGACCACCGGGCGUUCCACCAGUCAGCGCGAUUCCAACGCCCCCGAAACCGAUGGCCCUGGCCAAUCCGGCCCCACAUCCGUCGGAUCCCACCGUCAAGUACGUGCCGAUGCCGUCGAUUCCGAUGCCCGGCCCCAUCCAACCAGCGCUUAUGAUCCGACCACCACCGCUGCGUCCAGGAAUCCCCGGCAUGCCAGGCCUUCGCAUGCCACCGCGACCACCGCCAGGAAUCCCACCUCGAAUGGGCAUCCGCAUGCCGCCGGGCCCACCCCAGGGACCACCCCCAAAGCACAUCCAGCAGCAACACAUGCGCAACAUGAUGCACCAGCAGCAGCAGCAAAAGGACCCCAAAAGCGCAACCAUUUCGGCCAAGCCGCAGAUUCGAAAUCUCAGCGCCGACGUCACCCGCUUCGUGCCGAGUGCCCUGCGAGCCAAAAAGGACGAAGGCGCCAAACGGCCACAGCACGCGUCCCAGUCCAGCCAGCAUCAUCCGCAUCACCACAAUCAACACCACCAUCAGCACCAGCAGCAGCAGCAUCAUCAUCAGUAUCAUCCGGGUCAUCACGGUGGUCAUCCGGGACGGGGUGGUGGCGGCGGUGUCGGAGGACAGGAACCGGGUAAACCAAGCAAGGACGACGCGUACAUGCAGUUUAUGCGGGAGAUGCAAGGAUUGCUGUAACUGAUGGUCUGCUAAAGUGUUUGCGCGUUUCGUUUUAGGAAUUAACACAAGGACUUGUUGUAGAAUUCAAGAAUUUUCAAACUUCUGCUCUUUGAUUAGAUUGCGAUGAUCGUGUGUGAAUAAUUAAUGGCUGAUAGAAAUUUUGAUUCACAUCAAUAAAGUUUCAUUUAGAUUUA